AAAAUUAAAUUGAAAUUUGAAGGCUUGGUUGCUACAUAGGUACCUACUGCUGGCUGAUUGAAUGUUGUAUCAAUUUGUGUUUCGGAAGUCAAUUAACAAUUAACCCUCGCAUAGUUAUGGCUUGUUGAGGAUUAAAAACCACUGGUUCGUGCGUGUAUCAUCGAUGUGUUUCGUCAAGUUUGUGUAAAACAUGGCUUCGGGCGGUGAGGAACUGUGGCGCGAUUGCGCGUCUUGGCUUACAAGAUGUGGGUUGCUGCGUCCCGACCAUAAGGCAAAUUGGGAAACUAGCACCAUUCACGACUUGGCGUAUACAUUACGCGACGGUGUGCUUCUUUGCAAUCUCUUGAACGUACUACAUCCGGGAUGCAUCGACAUGAAGGACGUCAAUCAGAGACCUCAAAUGGCGCAGUUCUUGUGUCUUCGCAACAUCAAAGUCUUCUUAAGGACAUGCCAUGAAGUAUUUGAACUACGAGAAACUGAUCUUUUUGAUCCAUCAAUGCUGUUUGAACUGUCAAAUUUUCAUCGAGUUUUAUGUACACUUGCUAAGCUUAGCCAGUGUCCUAAAGUUCUCGCUAACAGUAUUACGCCCUUCUCAGCACAUAGAACUCAAUCUGAGGAGGAUAUAUAUAAAGAUCUGCAGUCUGUGGUUGAAAUGAUAACAUGUAGAGAUGGAAAUUCUAUCGAUAUGCCCCCGCCAUACACGCCUGACAGUAUGGCGCUGCCGGCAGCAGAUGCGCCCUGGGUGCAAUUCACCAUACCAAGUGCUACUUGUGAGGACAGAGUUGAAGAGAUUUACGAGGACUUGUGCUACGUCAAAUUCACAUCGGCCAUGCCCGAGCUAGCAACAUCUUCACACAGCUUGGAGAAGAGGGACUAUGUUAUUAGGGAACUUGUGGACACUGAAAGUAAUUACGUGGAUGUUUUGAGCAAAAUAAUACAACAUUUUAUGAGGCCGCUUAUGCCGUAUUUGAAGCCGCAGGACCUACAAGGAAUAUUCUUUGGGAUUAAGGAGCUGUACGAGAUCCACUCCGGACUGCUGCGCCAGUUGAAGCUGGCGACGGAAGCGUGCGUGCCCGGCAGCGGCGCCCCGCGGCUCGCGGACGUGUUCCUGGCGUGGCGGGAGAAGCUCCUGCUGUACGGGGACUACUGCUCGAACCUCACGCACGCCCAGGACACACUCAAGCUGCUCGAUGCCAAGGAUAACACAUUCAAUAAGCAAUUAGCGAAAUGUCAGAAAGAGCACAGCGACGGUCGGAUACAGCUGAGAGACAUACUGUCCGUGCCGAUGCAGAGGGUGCUCAAAUAUCAUUUGCUGCUAGACAAACUUGUGCAUGAAACGCAACCGAAUCAUGAAGAGUUCCGAGGACUGGAGCGAGCGAAGGAAGCCAUGGUCGACGUCGCGCAGUACAUCAACGAGGUGAAACGAGACAGCGAGGUGCUGACGCUGUUGGCCAACGUGCAGGACAGUAUUAUAAACUGGGAGGGCGCAGCCCUAGGUGCCGGGGGCGCAGGGCUGGCGGCAUACGGCCGUCUGUUACUGGACGGAGAACUGAAGGUGAAAGCGCACGAAGAUCAGAAGCUGAGGACCCGUUACGUUUUUGUCUUUGAUAAACUUAUGCUGCUUUGUAAACCCGUUAAGGAGAACCAGUACCUGUACCGCGUGGGCGUGCGGCUGGCCGAGUUCCGCGUGGAGGAGGGCAGCAGCCGGCGCGCGCUGCGCACGGACGCGCGCUGGGCGGCGCACUUCUACCUCGUGCGCCGCACCAAGGACUCCACCUACACGCUGUACGCGCGCACCGACGACUGCAAGCGGAAGUGGGUCAAGGCCAUCAAGGACGCCAUUGAUAAUCUGGAGCCGGCGGGCUGUCGGAGUACGAACCACAAGUUCGUGCUGCACACGUUCGAGAAGGCCGCCACGUGCCACCACUGCUCCAAGUUCCUCAAAGGCAGAAUAUUCCAGGGCUACCUGUGCUCGGUGUGCAACGCGUGCGCCCACAAGGAGUGCAUCGCUCUGUCGGGGCGCUGCGGAGGGGGGCUCGCCCCCGCGCCGCCCCUGCCGCCCCACCACCACCAGCCUGACAACGCGCUGCACUACUACAUGUGGUAUGUGGGUGAGAUGGGACGAGAGACGGCGACCGCCCGCCUGGAGCGGCGCGUGGACGGCACGUUCCUGCUGCGCGUGCGACCGCAUCACGCCGCGCAUCCCGCGCUGCAUCCCGCCAACGACACGCACUACGCUCUCUCGCUCAAGACUGACAACACCGUGAAACACAUGCGAGUGUGCCGCAAACCGAUCGAUCAGAUCCCUCACUACUUCCUGUCGGAGUCGCGCUUCUUCCGGAGCGUCGUGGAACUGGUCUCUUACUACGAGAAGACGAGCCUGUCGGAGAACUUCGAAGGCUUAAACUCAAAUCUUCGAUGGCCGUUCCGUCGCGUGGUGGCGACCGUCAUCCACGACUUCCGCCCGCUGGAGAGCUCCCAGCUGGCGCUCCGGCCCGGCUCCAAGGUGCUGGUGCUCAGUAAGGAGGGAGACUCCCAGGGCUGGUGGAAGGGACGAACGCUAGAUAAGGGUGACAAUAGAUCCGGGUACUUCCCCAAGGAGUGCGUGCGGGAGGAGCCGGAGUGCAUCGGGGCGCUGGACUGAUGUCAGCUGUGCCUCGCCGAGCGCGAGCUGCACUACGCGGCGCCGCACGGCGAGCCCGACGAUCUCGUCUGAGCAGCGCGCAAUGUACUGUGUCCGGCGCGCGAUGUACCGCGUCUGCCGCGCAAUGUACUGCGUCUGUCACGCAAUGUACUACGUCUGCCGCGCAAUGAGCUGCGUCUGAUGCGCGAUGUACUGCGUCCGGCGCGCUGUCACUUUCACAAAUGUUAGUAAGCAUCAGAAGUAUUCAAUAGUACCUUUUAUAUCACUUUUACGGUACUGUGUGAAAUUUGACUUGAAAAUGUCAUAAAAAUAUUUCCUUGUGAAUGUAAAUAAAAUGUAUUGUCCCUUCACAAACGAAACGGGCUAUAACCCAGUGCCAUCCUGCUCUUGUCGAUAGUGAAUAAAGGGAUAGCAAAUUAUAGGACAAAUGUUAUUAAAAUUUAGUAAUUACAUUAUCAGAGUAGUAGAUAUAUUGAAGUUUAACCCUUCCGUAGUUUAUAUUUGCUGUUACAAAAAUCUAGCGAACUAUUGUUUGAAAACAUAUUUUAUGAUAUAAAAUUCAAAUAACGAAUAUUUUGAAUACGAAAAUUAAUGCGAAUAUAAGAGAGUGAAGUGUACAUAGUACGUAGAUAUCGAUUUGUAAACUUAAUUUGAAAAAUCUCGUAAUCGAUUCACGAUUAUGAAAAAUUAUUAAUACUAAAUAUUUUGAAUACGGAAAAUUUAUUUAAAUAGGAACACUAUAUACAUAUACGUACUUCGUUUUGGUGAAAAUUUAAUUAAAAUAAGAAUCCUUAAUAUGUAUUACAUAAAAUAAUCGUCUACACUUGCGUGAUGAUUUUGAAUGGAGCGUUAAGUGUCGGCCACUCUACUUCACUCAAAUGUAUUUUUGUUUCAAAGGCAAGAAGUCAGUGUUCUCUUUAUAAAUCUCUUUCAUGUCCGCUUAGAUGUUUAGUGUCGUCUAACGUGGGGGCGGAACAAGACGAGGGCUAAAACAUCCGUCGGAAAUACGAUUUACAGGAAUAUUUCUCUUUUUUUCCCCUACCUAUUCUAGUGACCUCGAAAAGUUAUACUAGUUUCACAGAAUGAGUAGGUUAGCUCACGGAGCUCUAACCUGAGAUCGUUGCUAGCACUAGCUUUAACAAGAGCAGUGCUUCUUAGAAUCUACCACCGGAUCGGAAUCGCGACCCACCGAAAAGAUCCGGCGAGAAACUCAGUGGGCAUGCAAUAUCUCCAGUGUGUACAUUCGUCAGCCACAUGAAAGCAUCUAUAAUAGCAUUUAGUUCGGCUCGUGAGUCGUAGACGUGACCAAAACUACUAAAAUAAUUCUUAAACUGAAUAUAACGAACGCGACAUUGAACCGUAGAAGUACACAGUUCGAAUUGCAUCUGGAAUGUUCAUCGGAGCUCUCUGUUCAGUCCGCUGCCUUCCGCGUCGAUGGUGCAGAGAGAGAUUAGUGUAAAAUGUAGACGCGCACAUCCGGAAGCGCAACCUCUCCGUAGUCUUCGCAGCACUAUGGUUGACGAUACAAGAUAACUCUCCUAAUUAAAGUGUAUUUUACAUCGAAUCAGCUCUCUCCGCCUCUUCUAAUUCCCAAACAUUUAGAAAACGUUCUAUUAUCAGCUUAGAUAUUAUUUGUGAAUCUUAUUGGCGCUUGCAGUGAGGCGGGAAAUGCCAAAAUCAUAGUCAAACACUCGCCGGUGCUACCUGUACCUCAUGCUAAUAUUCUACCAACAUUCCAUCUUUUAGUAUUAUUUCACCUACUACUCUUUUGUUUUUAUGUUCCAUUAGAGAAUUGUAAUUUUAGAAGUACCUACUGUGCAAAUUUUAAUUUUAUUUAUACAUGACGCGCUUUGCAAGUAUCCUAUUAUUAUUAUUUUAAAUUAUAAUUUAGUAAAUACAUAUUACUAAUAUUUUAUUAAAUCUUGACAAAUUACCUGUAUGCGUUAUCACGUUAAAAUGUAUUCUGUAUCAUAUGUAUUUCCAUAAAUAGAAUACAUGAUUUGCUUUUAAAUCACAGCUUGAGUACUAAAAUUUACAUAAUAAAUUAAAUUAUUUAUUGUCAUAUGAACUCCACGUUUCAUAGAUGAAAGUUUUAUUAAAUUAAUAUAAUUCUAAAAAAUAUUCAAUUUAUAUAAAGAUUUAAAAGUGUAAGUAUUUUUAACAGAAAAUGUAAUUAAUUUUAGAUCAAUAAUUAAAAUGACCGGUUGCCAACGAGAAUGUGGCAUAAUACAUAAGCGGAAAGCAAUAUCCCCUUGCGAUAUCGACUUGUCUUAAAUAAUACUAAUUUUAAAAUCUAAACAAAUAUCAGCUGGCGGAUGAUUCCCUCCCUCUGUAGAGAAUAUUAUUUGCCUAUUAAAAUUUAAAUAUUUUUCUUAAUGAAGCAUAAUUUUAGUGUCAAUUAAAUGUCUAUCUAUAAUUGUAGAUUUUUAUUAGGGACAUAUUUUUUGACACAAAAGAUCCCAAAGAUCGAAGCGUACGGCGUUUGUUUAUCCCCUAAUCCCUAAAACCAAAUCCUAAAUAAAUUGCGUAAUAUUUAUAAUGUACAUUUCGCCACGAAAAUACAAUUCACUGGAUUGACAUUUUAAAGUCGUAAUUCCCAUUCAACGCUUCAAUUAUGCUUGAUGAAAAAAAAACGCAUUUAAGAAAAACUAAAUAUAUUUCUGCUUAAUGUAAAUAAAAAAGAAAAUUCAACUAUAAUUUGGAGUGACAGCUGAGAAAAAUACAUUUAACAAAUUUCUAAAUGUACACUUCCCACCGAUCUUUUAAAACCACUCUUAUGUUCCUUAUAAAAUUUUCUCCGUUUCUUUUUAAGAAUUAAGUAAUAUUUUACAAAAAUAUAACAAUUCCUAUUUAUUUACUUUCAAAUUAACUAAAGUCAAUCUUGUUUGUUGUAUCCUAUAACUUUAAAGAGGUAUCAAAGUUAUUAAUGUACUUUCAGUAUAUUAAACUUAGUCAAACCAUAUCCGAAGCAUAAGGCCGGAAGAAACAAAUGUAAAAUAUUUGGGUAGGUAUAUCGUUAACUUAUCCGGAUAUUCAAAUUCUUAAUCAAAUGUUUAAAUAAAUUUUAUUCUAAUAUAUGGUUACAUGAUUAUAUCUAAAAAUUGAUUAAUAUAAAACUGUUUGCAACAAAAAAAGUAGAAAAGAUAAUCCCAUCCCAUCUUCUGAUACGAAUUAAAUGAAUACCAAAUUACAUUUUUACAGUAACUGACCGGAAAUAUUGUGUCUAUAAGUUUGGAAAUAACUCGCUACAUUUAAUGAAUUCUACAAUAUAAAUUAUAAAACCCAACAGUGCCACAGAAUUUUUAAGAUUAUAAUGAUGCUUCCUUGUUAGUUAAUUAUGUAGAUAGUUUAUGUGACCACCGCUUUAUUGAAAGUUGUGAGGGAAAACAUUAAUAUUUUAUUUAUUAAUUGUAAGUAAAAAAUAAAUAUUAAAAAAAAUAUUUUCUUGAAACGUGUUAAUGUUUAAUAAAAAGGUUCUUGUCCAUGGUGACAGGGUUCUCAAGCAUUUAUCAUGUUCGCGUCUAUUUGAAUUGAACAAAACAGAGCCACCGCAAGAUGCUCUCUAGGCGGCAACUGGAUAUGGCGGGAACUAGGAUAAUUUUGAUUUCGUGAUUUCGCGCGUCGUUAGAAAACUAAAAUCAUAAUUCAAAUAGACCAGAACAAGAGUUAUUCGUAGAUAUAUGUAGUAAGUAAACUAUGGUUGUUAUGACAUAAUAAAUAUAUAUUUUUUUUAUAUUUAAGUUGGAAAGGACGAGGUUUUGUUGAGGCGACGCUGCGUUAGAUAGGUUAUAAAAAAUGUGAUGCGCUGGUAAAUCUCAAUCUGUUUUUUUUUAAUUAAUAUGAAUUCAAACGACUAAUAGAUAAUAUUUCAAAUAAUAACAGCUAAAAAUGUCAAUUUAUGAUUUUUAAUUUUACCUAAGAUGGAAAUCACUUAAAAUAGUGUUUUACGGUCGAUUUCAACUUCUUAUGCCUAGUAAAUAAGGCGUAUCCCAUUUUACGACCAGAUUUGGAAUUCUCUUUGCCUUCGUAGACAAUAAAUAAUUAUUUGAGUAUUUAACACUUCUUUUGUGUUCAAUAUCGGUUAUUAUUUCCAUUUGUUUAUUUUAAUUACUUAAACUGCAUGUUUUAUUAAUGGUGCCAAAUUAAAAUACAAUAGGGUGCAUUAUCGAUGAUCUCCAAAUAUAAUUAAAUCCAUAUUAAUAUUCAGCAAAAUAUGUGUUUCUUUGUUUUUAUGCACAUUUCACGGUUAUUUGUAAUUUUAAUUUCGAGAAUGUUGCGUUGUUGUAAUUGAUAUUUAUUUUUAAUGAACUCAAGUUGAAUGAAAUAUAACAUAAUUAUAUUUACAUUUUUCACAAUAUUCACAUAAUUUUUUAGGAUUUAUUUUAUAGAAAAAUUCGAUUACAAAAUGAUAAAGAGAAGAGUUUACGGUCACGCACUGUAACAUUAUUACAUUAAUCCCGUCAGUCUUUCUCUCUUGUACCUACCUAUAAUUUUAAUACGAGUAUAAUUAUGAUAUUUAUGUUUUAUUGAAAGUACUGAAACGAUUUUAAUUUAAUAAUAAAGUAAACUAUUAUUAAUGUAAUUGUUGGUGCUAUGCUAGUUUUGUGUUCAAUCACUAACCAGUGCUAAUCGUGAGUAUUCGUGAGUAUGUACGCAGCUGCACGCGCCCGUGAACGUUGUAACGUGUAGAAUUGUAUUUUUGGUAUUAUUUAUGUAAAUUGUAUGUUCACGUUUUGUAAAUAUAAAAUUGUAAGAAAUAUACAGAAAAAUAAACUGCAUAUCUCAUUGUUCUCUAGAUUUUAAGGGAUACUCCGAAAUUAAAAGUAAAUGUUGGAGAAAA